CCCGAGUUGUUCUAUUGCACUUUGUCCGGUUACUGAAUUGAUCUUGAGCUCGAGAUCAAUAGCUGAGCGGCACAAUGGAUACAAGACCAAGAAAGCAUUCUACGACUACUCUGAAAAAGAAUUCUGCUCCUCUAUUCGAAGGAAAGAGGAAAGAUUAUUGUCGGUCUCUCUCACAAGGGCACGGCAGAAGGAUGUUUUUGGUGAGCUAUUUCAGCUUGGAGUCAUUGUUUUUACUCGUCUGUCUCACGGCAUCAUUGCUGAUUCUCCCACUGAUUCUCCCACCAUUGCCACCCCCACCCUUUAUGCUGCUGCUGCUUCCCAUUUGCAUUCUAGCAUUGCUAAUGAUCUUAGCUUUUAUGCCUUCUAA